UUCCCUACUUUCCACGAUCCUCUCGACCGCGCCUCGAUCCUGCAAGAGAAGUCAGAGUAGAUCAAAGCAGAGUUCAGCGCCCGUCACGCCUAGCAGGAGCCUCCUUAGACCAUUCGAACAAGAGUGGGAUAGAAAAUUUGGCAGUAAAGUACGCUGGAAGGUACAAGAGAGAACGCUUUCUGCACGUCACACUCUCUACUCAGAACCGUACGUCCUUCCGAGUCGAUACCGUAUAUCUAGAACAAGCCUCCACCGACUCUUACGCCAUCCCCCCCAAUGGCCAUCCAGAACGUCGCCCUCAUCGGGGGAACCGGCACCGUCGGCGCACCCAUCCUAGAAGCCCUCAAGUCCUCUUCCUUCAAGCUCAGCGUCCUCAAUCGCGCCUCCUCAAAAUCCACCUAUCCAGACACCCACGUCAUCACCAUCCCCGACGACCUGAACGUCACCAGGGUCGCCCAAGCCUUCAAAGAAAACAGCAUCGACGCCCUCAUCAUCGCCAUAGCCGGCUCGCGCGUCGCAGAAAGCAAAAAGCUAAUCGAAGCUGCCUUCAAAGGCGGCGUGAAGAGAUUAAUCCCCGCGGACUUCGGGAGCUGCGAUUCCGCCGACGAGAAGACGAACGAGAUUCUGCCGCUUAUGGCGGGCAAGAAGGUUAUCCGCGACUAUCUGAUUUCGCUUCAGGAUGUAGAAAGGGGUACGAGGGGAAAGAUGAGCUGGACGAGUCUGAUAACGGGGCAUUUCUUCGACUACGGGCUCACGUGCGGGUUGCUCAAGUUCAACGUCGCCGGCCGGAAAGCGUAUAUACUGGACGGUGGCGACAUAAAAUUCAGCGCGUCGAAUCUGUCUUUCAUUGCCAACGCCGUCGUGAGGGUCCUCGAGAAGCCCGAUGAGACGCAGAAUAGGAUUUUGUAUGUGCACGGACUGUAUGUUACGCAGAAUGAGGUGCUGGCUGCGCUGGAGAAGGCUACGGGGAACACGUGGGAGAAGAUUCCGCAGAGUAGCGAGGAGGAGUUGGCGAAAGAGAGGCCGAAGAUGGCGGCCGGGGAUAAGGAGGCUGUGGAAGAGAUUGUGGCCGUUUGGGGCAUUGUGGCGAGCGAUUGGAAGCAGAGGAAGGGAUUUGCGAACGAGAUGCUGGGGCUACGGGAGGAUGAUCUUGAGGAGACGGUGAGGAGGGCUGUGGGGAAGAUGUGAGGGGAGCUCUGGGCCGUUAGUUAGAAAGGUGGGUACUCCAUCUUAGAAGAGCAGUUCACGGCGACACAAAGCGCAUACAUUUACCGAGGCACACACCCAUUCAUGCCUGCAGAGCACCAGUAGCGGAAAAUGUCAAACAUAGCCGGGAUUCUCAGUCCCGUACCCCCUCAGUCAAGAAUUCGAUUAGUGAAC